AUGUCUACUGGAUUUGCUCAAAAUCCUCCGUGGCUGGUGGUUAGAGAGUACAACGAAGAGAAAGACAAGGCGGCGGUGGAGGCGUUUGAGAACCGCUGUGACUUCCAGCAGGCGGGAAAGCCUUCGUUAGUCACCAAUCUCUUGGGUGACCCUCUUUGUCGCGUGCGCCAUUUCCCCCUCCACGUCAUGCUGGUUGCUGAGCAUGUGGAGAAGAGUGAAAUAGUAGGAGGAAUAAGGGGUUGCAUCAAGACAGUGAGCAAAGGGGAACAUCAACAUAGGGCUUACAUAAAGAUGGCUUAUGUUCUUGGACUCAGGGUUUCACCACCCCAUAGACAACUAGGCGUCGGUACAAAACUAGUCCAAUGUUUAGAAGAAUGGUGCAAGAGAAAUGGCGCCGAUUAUGCUUACAUGGCGACUGAUUCCUACAACGAAGCUUCACUAAACCUGUUUACACUAAAAUGCGAUUAUAUCAGGUUCCGUAGCCUUACGAUUUUGGUCCAACCAGUUCACGCUCACAACAAGCCGUUGAUCUCAGGUGUUGUGAUCAAACAGCUCGACCCUAAACUUGCGAGCGCAGUCUAUUGCAAGACCUUUGGGGAUUCAGAGUUUUUUCCUGAAGAUAUAGAUGUAAUUUUGCAUAACAAGCUUAAUUUAGGAACUUUUAUGGCCAUACCUAAGAGUUAUGUUGACCAUUGGGAUCCGGAAAUGACCAUAUUGCCACCUAGUUUUGCCAUCUUAAGCAUAUGGAACACUAAGGAGGUGUUUCGGUUUCAAGUGAAGGGCGUGUCGCCGCUAACGUACGCAGAGUGCGCAGGAAGUAGGGUGUUGGACACUUUGAUGCCUUGUUUAAGAUUACCAUCUGUACCGAACUUUUUUAAACAGUUCGGGGUUUAUUUCCUAUACGGACUUCACAUGAGAGGCUACGGUGCUUCACGGCUCAUGAAGUCUUUGUGUGCACACGCACAUAAUAUGGCCCGGAAUGACGUAUUGUGUCGGGCCGUGGUGGCGGAAGUGGGCAAGAGGGAUCCAGUGAGAGAGGUGAUGCCGCAUUGGAGGAAAUUUUCUUGGGCCGAAGAUAUUUGGUGCAUCAAGGAGCUUGCAACCGCGAAGCAGGAUAUCAACACGAAUCGCGGAUCACACGAUUGGAUUACAUCUACAUCUAAGUCGUCUCCUGUGAUCUUUGUCGACCCUCGUGACUUUUAA